UGAGCGUCAAUAUUUGGUUUAGAAAUUUGUCAAAAAAAAAAAACGAAAUAAAAAUCAUAAAAUAAUGAAUUUAAAUAUUCAAAUUAAAUGUAACACUUUCAAUUCGGUUGGCAUUGAUAUUCGAAAUUUACAGUCAUGUCCAGUGAAGUACCCAAGCCACGUGUUAAAAAAGUCGUCCUCUAUGCUUGUGAAUUCGAGAUCAGCGCUAGGGUACCCCAUGAGCUCUUCAGCCUAUUUCUCGAGAACGAGAUCAACUAUCUUGGCAUCCGAGGCUGGGCUCAAGAGGUCGCACAUGGAUGUAUCAAGGGUCGCCUUGAAGGGGAAAUACGCAAAAUGGAGAAGCUCAAAACAAUACUCAUAAACUCGCCGCAGUUCGGUUCAAAAAUAAACGGCAUCGUUUUUGGCGAAUUGAAAAAAAUUAAUAAAUAUAAUGGCGCAAAAUUUGAGAUUAUAUGUUAAAUUUCCAUAGUUGCUGAAGGAAAAUGAUAAGAAAUAGUGAGAAAAAAGAGCAAAACUGCGAAGUGCACCGAAUAAUAAACGUAUGUUUGUAUGUGUGCAUGUAUGGGCGUAAUUGUUUCCUCACUAAAUGCGCCACACUUUGCUCUUAGUUGUGGUCCAAAAACCAUUUCCAUGCCUAAAACUUGGAGCAAGGCCGAGGACUGGAAUCAAAUAGUGAAGUGUGGUGUUUUAAUGAAGAGAAAAAUGGAGAGCAAGCGGAGAGUGGCUAUCAAUAAAAAAGGACUUAUAGUAUAUACACAUAAAUGUUUGUAACAAUAAAAAAUCAAGCAAACCGAAA